AUGGGCAAGAAGGCAUGGAUGCGAUUGCGUUACCUCCAUCCUGCCCUGGCUGCCGAUGUCACCCCGCGCGGGUUCCAGUACGUUGCUUUGGCUGAUGAGUCUGAUAUCGAUAAAUGGAUAGAGACCACCUUUGUAGUCAAAGAUUGGGACCCGAGCAUGGAAUCGCCAGGCUGUUUGGACUUUAGCAUUGCGCCUAUUGUUCAGAAACCGAUGUUCUAUUGCUUCCCCCACACGAAAAGGUUCAUCUUCCGUACGACACACAUGCAGGCAGAUGGACAGGCAGCUACGGUCAUGCUGCACGACUUGUUGUCCGAGAUGAAGCGGUUAGACGCCGGUGGAGAGGUUAUCAGGGCGCCGUUGGGUGAGGAAGUGCAGAACCUUCCUUAUAGCGCAUUUGAUUCCGCUGGAAUCACGGAGGAACAACAGGCUAAGUCUGCGCAGCUCAUAUCCUCUCUUCCCGAGCCCCGAGUAAAUGAGGAGGCAUUUGAGGUUCCGUCGGAGAACAAUGCCCUAAACCCCGGCGCGGGCAAGGCACAGACGCUCGAGUUCUCCGAGGAGCAAACCUUGGGGCUGAUGGGUAUAGCCAAGAGGUUACGUCUGGGGAUCACACCGUUGAUACACGCGGCACUGCUUCACGCAGGGAAGAAGCUCAGCCCUAAUUCGAACGGAACUAUUCAUUCAACGGGUCUGGUUUUCAGUUUCCGUGAGCUAUGCUCCGGGGAGCCUCUCAAUGCUGCCUCCCGAGCCGCUGCGCCGCGGGUUUGCUUCUGGCCUGUGCAGGUGGAGAUGUCGGAUGAUUUCCAACGCACAGCACGGAAUCUGAAACACGAGUACAAGGCGAUGGCUCAGCGGAAGAAGGCAGACAUGCUUGGCGCCAUGCCGCAGUAUUUGACAAAGUCGGCAUCUGUCCUACACGAGACUUAUUUCAAGGGGGUCGCUGCCAGCUUCAUCGGGGAUCUGUCGGAUGUCUUUCCAGAGACCUACGGCCCUUUCAAGAUUAGGGAUAUUUUGAUGGUUGCAACGCCAGCUGACGAGCGCAUCUACACGGGGAUUCAGACUCUGGGAAAGAAGCUUUUCAUCCGGGCUUGCUACAAUCAGACGUAUCAUUCCGAUUCCCAGAUCGCUGAAUUCCUCGGACUGGUUCGGGACUGUCUGUAUGCCAGUGCGAUGUUAGGGGUAGAGAAGCCAGACUCUUCGUAUAUGGCGAAGCUUUAA